GGUAAACGAAGGAAUAACGAGAGCGAGCGAGAGAGAGAGCGAGAGCGUGCACGUGAGGGGAUGCAGUGCUGGAGGGUGGAGCUUAGCAUCAGGCUAUACCUCGUCUAAUGCUCUCUCUCUGUCUCUCUCUCUUCAUCACUGAUCUCUGUGCGCUGAUGCCGGUGAACCUGUCUGUCCUGUCCUGCUUUCUCCAGCCACUCCGUCUUUGUUCUGGAAUAUUCAGAGCGACAGGAAGGACAGAGAAUUGUGCAUCGGAUCGGUGUGUGUAUGUGUGUGUGUGAGGUGAAACACACACUGGUCUCGGUCGAGGGAAGGAUGGUUUUGCCGGCUGGUUUUGUCUCCUGGGCAACCGCGCCAUGAGCCGGACCAACCGCGCCUCCUGCUCAAUGCUCAACUGCUUCGGUGAGGAGGGGCCGCCCAGUCUGGAGUACAUUCAGGCCCGGGAUCUGUUCCCCCAGAAAGAGCUGCUCAAAGAAGACGACGCUCUGCAGAUCCCGUUCCCUGUCCUGCCGGGCGAGUGGGUGGAGUUCCUGGGCCGUGCAGACGAUGCCAUCAUCGCUGUCUCCAACUACAGGCUUCACAUCAAGUUCAAAGACUCCAUCAUCAAUAUGUAUCCUGGUGUGGACAGUGAGAUUUCUGUUCCGUUGAGGCUGAUUGAGGGCGUUGAGAGCAGAGACAUGUUCCAGCUACACAUCAUCUGCAAAGACUCCAAAGUAGUGAGGUGUCAUUUCUCGACGUUCAAGCAGUGUGAGGAGUGGCUGAAGCGAUUGAACCGAGCCAUAGCGCAUCCGGCCCGUCUGGAGGAGCUGUUCGCGCUGGCGUUUCACGCCUGGUGUUUAGGAGGAAACACGGACGAUGAAGACCAGCACCUGCACCUCUGCAGACCAGGUGAUCACGUGCGGCACAGGAUGGAGGUGGAGGUGAAGCGGAUGGGAUUUGACAUGCAGAACGCCUGGAGAGUGUCUGAAAUCAACAACAACUACAAGUUGUGUUCAAGUUACCCACAAAAGCUGCUGGUGCCCGUCUGGAUCACCGAUAAGGAGCUGGAGAGCGUGGCCUCCUUCAGGUCCUGGAAGAGGAUUCCUGUGGUGGUGUACAGGCACCAGCGUAACGGAGCGGUCAUCGCCCGCUGCAGUCAGCCGGAGAUCAGCUGGUGGGGCUGGAGGAACACUGAGGACGAAUAUCUGGUGACGUCUAUUGCGAAGGCCAGUCAUCUAGACGCCGGGCCGAGGGCCUACAGGACCAGAGGAGAGGGACCCGACUCGUACGACAGUGACUUCGACUCGUCUCUGACAGGUUGUCCCGCUCCUGAUGCCAGCAGUGCAGCACAGAAGUUACUGAUUCUGGAUGCACGCUCUUACACCGCCGCUGUGGCCAAUCGUGCCAAAGGAGGAGGCUGCGAGUGUGAAGAGUACUAUCCCAACUGUGAGGUGAUGUUUAUGGGGAUGGCCAAUAUCCACUCCAUCAGAAACAGCUUUCAGUCACUCAGAGCCGUUUGCAGUCAGAUCCCAGAUCCUGGCAACUGGCUCUCGGCUCUGGAAAGCACCCGUUGGCUGCAGCACCUGUCCGUUAUGCUGAAGGCGGCGUCUCUGGUGUGCUCCGCGGUCGAGCGUGAAGGAAGACCGGUGCUGGUGCACUGCUCAGACGGAUGGGACCGGACGCCGCAGAUCGUGGCCCUUGCAAAGAUCCUCCUGGAUCCCUUCUACAGGACUAUAGAGGGUUUCCAGGUGCUGGUGGAGACCGAGUGGCUGGACUACGGUCAUAAGUUUGCGGACCGCUGUGGUCAUCAGGAGAGCGUUGAGGAUGUGAGUGAACAGUGUCCUGUGUUCCUGCAGUGGCUGGACUGUGUUCAUCAGCUCCUCAAGCAGUUCCCCUGCCUCUUCGAGUUCAACGAGGCCUUUCUGGUGAAGCUGGUUCAGCACACGUACUCCUGUUUGUACGGUACGUUCCUGUGCAAUAACGCCAAAGAGCGCCAGGCACGUAACGUGUAUAAACGCACCUGCUCCGUCUGGUCACUCCUGCGCAACGGCAACAAGAACUUCCAGAACUUCCUCUACAUCCCCUGCCACGAUAUGGUCUUGCAGCCAGUCUGUCACACUCGAGCGCUGCAGCUGUGGACGGCUGUGUAUCUGCCCUCGUCCUCGCCGUGCACCGCUGCUGAAGAUGCCAUGGAGAUCUACCUGAGCCCUUCGGCCGGAGGAGACGAGUUCAGCUCGCGCUCCCUCGACAGGCUCCCCAAAACACGCUCAAUGGACAACUUGGUGUCUGCUUGUGAGAACGGCGCGGCACUCACCCGUACCUCGAGUGACCCCAACCUGAACAAGCACUGCCAGGAGGGCCGUCCGGCGCUGGAGCCCAGCCCACCCGUGUCCAUCCAGAGCGCCGCUGAGCCGCCGUGUGAGGAAACCAGCUCUUCAAGAUCUCGUGAGGAUGAUUUAGGGGUGGAGCCUUGUUUGACAACCCAGCCCCUUCCAUCUUUACCCCACCCCUUAUCAUUAGACCAAGCCACGCCCCUUCCAGUCACAAACCUCAAAAUCCCAAUUAGCUUACCACAGGAAAUCAGGACUGCAGAAAACACAAAUCCACCUCCUGUUUGUAAUGUAGACAUAGAAAACGCUAGUGGAUCUGUGAACUCUGAAGCCAUUGCGCCAAUGGAGGCGUCAGUGGAGACGCUAACAGAGCAAAGCGCAGUGCCUCCUUCUAGGAAAGCCAUUGACGUGGCGUUCGAAACGGCGAUACGAAACAGCGAACUGGUUCCCGCCAGAGAACGACCACCACCUGCCUACUACGCAAAAGCAGCACGCCGUUUGAUUUCCCAAAGCCAGCUGACGGAGCUAUCUCUGCUAGGUUCCCAAUGGGACAGCGUCCAAGGCCUGGUCCAGUCGGCCUGCGGCGGCGCCAUACAACAUGGCAGCUAUCACAGCCGCCGCCUGGCGAACAAGCUCCUCCGUGCACAUGCUGGAAGUGCUAACGGCGGGCCGUGUUGCCCUCGUCGAGACCCUCUGCGUGCUCCUGGGAGCCCCAUCCAGUCGGGCUGGUUCUCUGCGGUCAGGAACUCCAGCUACGCUGCGCUUUGUUCCUCGGCAGCGUCUUCGCUAGCAAUGGGGCCGUCCUUCCGGCAGCUGCUCCCGUCCCAUUCCUCUCCGUCCUCCAGCGGCUCUCCGGUGUACCUGGACGACGACGGCCUGCCGGUGGCGGUGGAUGCGGUGCAGCAGCGGCUGCGGCAGAUCGAGGCCAGUUACAAACAGGAAGUGGAGGUUUUGAGACGGCAGGUUCGACAGCUGCAGCUCAAACUGGAGAGCAAGCAGUCCUGCACCACGCCCUCCGAACCCGACGUCGACUACGAGGACGAUAUCACGUGUCUGCGGGAGUCGGACGGCAGUGACGAGGAAGACUCUCUGUCCAGUCACAGCGAGGAUGGCUUCAGCGAGGGCAGCUGGGACCGUGUGGAGAGGAAGGACGCAGAGGUCACCAGGUGGGUGCCGGAUCACAUGGCCUCUCACUGCUUCAACUGCGACUGUGAGUUCUGGAUUGUCAAGAGACGGCAUCACUGCAGGAACUGUGGGAACGUGUUCUGUAAGGACUGCUGUCACCUGAAGCUGCCGAUCCCAGACCAGCAGCUGUACGACCCGGUUCUGGUGUGUAACACCUGCCACGAUCUGCUGCUGGAGUCCCGCACGCGAGAGCUGCGUUCGCAACAGCUGGAGAAGCCCAUCGCCACCGCCUCCAGCUGAGACGGCCAAUCACAGCGCUCCACACACACCGGCGUCCAAUCAGACGGCCGUCUUUUAGAGCAAGAGCUGCUCUCUCCUCUGGAGUCCGGAUCGACUCUGAGACUGAUCCACUCGAGGAACGGGACGGAUCUACUCCAAAACACCAGUGCGGUUUGCGAUGGAUGGGCGAUUUGAUCACUGCAAGUGAACUCCAAGCUUCUCUGGUUGAGGACAGAAAUGGGACCCAAAGGAUUUUUGGGUUCCAAAGAGAGAUGCGUUUCUUCACCACACACAUCAGACACGCGUCCAUCCAGAGGCUUUCUAUUUAAAACCAACCAAGCUGCUACAGUCCUUAAAAAACGAAAAAUUCUACUUUUUUUAUCCUUUAUUAUUUUGUGCACUACGGAGGGGGUUAGAGACCAAAAACAGAGAGAUCUCCAGCUGUCCGUCUGCUGAGAUGAAGCUUGAAUGUACGGCACGUGCAGAGUUUAAGCUGCAAGUUUGCAUUGAUUUGAUGGCAGUUUUGUGUUUUUCUUCUUGUUUCUCGUGUUUUUUCAGCCACUCCCGUCAAAACUUACGCUUUCGCUGAAAUGGUUUCACUCUUGACUUUAAAUGCCAAACUCAAAUUCUAACGUAUCAGUAAUAUAUAAACAGAAUCAGUUCAUGUUUCAUGUGGGUAUUUUUGUAGCAGGAAAAGCAAGAAAAAACCGAGCAAGCUGAACAUUUAUGCUGUAUGUUGUGUGUGUGUUACGGUAAACCUAUAGCCAUGUUGCACUGCUCCGUCUACUACUACUACUAGUGUACUAGUUUCUUUUCUGUGACUCCAUCUGAACAAACCAACGAUGAUAAUUAAAAUGUCAAGCUGAAACGGGUGAAUCAGUGGAAGCUGGUAGCGAUUGAAAGGACUUUUGUAUUGGAGCACCGUUUCGCUGCUGUCCAUCACACGUUCAAAACAAGUGCUAUGAUUUAUUUUCUCGUCGUCUGCGUCUUCAGGCCCUUUGUUGAUUGUGUAUUGUAAUGUUGGUGAACCUCUUUCUCAACAGUGCCAUGUGUUUGAUUUUUUUUAACAUGUUGGAUGGUGCAAUAGCUAGAGGCUUAACAAUCAGAGGAUUGAAAACACUGAGAACCGGUUUGAUUUUGUCUGACGGAUUCAUUUUUCUUCUCUGUGGUGUUGAUGAAGGACACAUUUUGAGUUAAAUGCAUUGAAAAGGAACCCAAAAAUGUGAUGUAUAGUUAUUUGGUCUGUAAUAGUGGCUAAACUUUGUCACUUAGUGAAUAAUUGUUGUAAAGACAUGCACUGUAUAAAUUCAAUCCCAUGGGUUAAAUAAAAAGAUACGUCUUUAUCAGC